CUCUCAGUCAACUUCCAACGCUCAAUCUGACAUCAUCGCCGUCGCACUUCUGCUACAGAAAUUGUUUCACAUUUCUCUUCUUCCAGUUCAACUUAACAAUUGGAAGACGUAGAACAUCAUCUUUGAUCUAGAUACAUUAUCGCCAAGUGGCUUCUGAAAUUGUGAAGGUGUUACGAAAAAAUAGAGCCAAGAGUCUCACGACAACGUACAAUUCAAAGCAAACUUUAGUUGAUAGUUUAUCGUGCAUAUAUAGAGUUUGGAGACACGUGGAAAAUCAUUGACUGUCCUAAUAAUCCUAUAUUCAGGGCAAGAAGAGUCUCUUUAUUAUUCAGUCUACAUCGCAAUCAAUUGGAAUUUCCAACCAGCUCGCUCCGAAUAACAUUUUGUUAGAGUGCUUGAAAGAGAGAAGGAUACUUUUUGUGUGCUUCUUAUGACAAGUUGAAUAUUUUGAGUAUUUCACUCCUUCCGAAGAAAUCGAGCAAUCUGGAGGUAUCAAUUGCAAAGAUUACAUCACCACCACCACAUCUGAAAAUGUCUGGCCCGGUGGAAACAGAAUUUCCUUCAGAUUUCCGUCGUGAAAAGCUGCGUCUCACCUUACAUCGGAGCAUCAGUGAACCUGAAGAUCUCAAAGACCGAGUCAAGUCCAUAACUGCAGAUGAACUGGCUCGAAAGAUAAGGACAAGCAACACGAGAACAGGAGGACAGAACCGUCAACCUUAUCUCCUUCUCGACUGCAGAGGUUAUCUCUGUUACUCAGAGAGUCAUAUUUUAGGUUCUGUCCACAUUGCUUGCACAGACAGAUUUAACAGGAAGCGCGUUCAGAAUUCUGGCUCUGUUCUGGACCUUGUGAGCACCAACAACAUCCGACGAGGUGGUGGGGGCAACAAGGCCUCGCACCACGGCAAGUGGAGGGACGUCAUCAUCUAUGACGACGGAACCACCGAUCUUACUGUCGACGCUGGGUGGCAAACUCCCAUCUCAUUCGUCUUGAUGCACCUCCUUCAAGAAAAUAGGCAACCCAUUUUCCUAAAAGGUGGUUUCAAAGAGUUCACUCGCUACUACAAAGACCUCUGCGACACUUGCAAUCGCAAGGAUCUCCACAGCCCAAUGCCGACCUCAACAACGCCCCUGCUCUUCCCGGGACCCUUAUCAGUCCUUCCGCCUCUUUCGCCCUCGGCCACCAUGUCAACACCCAACUGUGUGGAUAGAUAUGAAAACGAGCCACCCAGUGAAGUCCUCCCAUUUCUCUAUGUUGGGAAUGCCCGAGACUCGUCGAAUCCAAAUUUGUUGAAAGAGUUGGGAAUCCGGUACAUCCUUUCAGUCACCACACACACACCUCACCCUCACAGCUCGGGUGGUAACAGUCCCACGACGUCAACAGUUAAUGAGCCAAAGUGUGAUGUCACUACGACUACUGCUCCUCCUCCUCCUCCUUCUCCCUCCUCGAAUGUACUUGCCACCGAAUUCCGAACAAAAUGGAUCCCCGUGUCUGAUAACCUUAGCGAAAACCUUGCCCCAUACUUUGAAGACGCCUGCAGUUUCAUUGAGGAAGCUCGCCAGAAGGGAGAAAAAAUAUUGAUACACUGUCACGCCGGUAUCUCCCGAUCGCCCACAAUCGCCAUUGCCUACAUCAUGAAGCACAUCAACUUGAGCACGCUAGAAGCCUAUGCAUUUGUUCAGAGAAAUCGAAGAAUAAUUUCACCGAACCUCAACUUUAUGGGACAGUUGGUCGAGUUUGAGUCCAAAUUAAAGGGAACUGGUCACUCGGAAACGGAGUCAUCCACAGAAUCCUGCAGCUCUCUGGAUAGCAGUGGGAGUCAUGACUCUCUAAGCGUUUCUCCCAUGAUCAUUGCUGACUAAUAAUGUGCACAAAAGACAAAAAUCAGGAGAAAUUAAUCAUCUGGGGCCAAGUCCAUGAACAAAUCUAAGCCCGUCGAGUCAGCUUCUAGUGAAGUACAGAGAAACGAUAAUCCAAAUCAACCGUCAUCGUCAUCAUCGCAUCAGUCAUCACCUUAUUACACAUGUGGACAUAUGGCCUGAUCUGAUUGUUUGAGCAAUUUGGGCUAUUAAAAAUGGACUGAGUAACAGGGUUACCAAUAAUAUCUUAUUUAUUUAUUUAGCUAAAAUAACGAUAAUCUUCUCCCCGUAUCUGUAUUUCUUAUGACAAAGACGGCAGUUGUACAUAUUUUUUAGAAUCCUCAUUUCAUAUGUCAAUUGAUACCUAUAAGAAAGUUAUAUAUGCAUUGUAUACCGUAUGUAGAGUAUUACUAUAACAUAGAAAUAUCAUUUUUACUUUAUACGUAAUCAGUAUCAUCAUAAAUCAUCAUUAUCAAAAUACAAAUUGUUUACUCGUUAAUGACUAAUGAAUUGAGAUGUAUAGUCAACAAACGGACACCACACGCAUAAACUGUUACUUGAAUAGACUGGAAAUAUCGUUUAUAUUAUUACAUAGACUUAAAUAUUGUCAACUAGUACAUUGAUUAGUGUGUAUUACAGGCCUUCCGAAAUGUGUUCGAACUUCUACAUUGUCAUUGCACUCUGUGGAACUUUAUUGCAGUAAUUGUGAGGUAUCCGUAUAAAUCCAUGUCAGUCAGUCAAUUGAAAAUAAUCAUGAUUAUCAACAAAACAAUGAAGUUAUGGCCAUAUAAUGUUAAAAAAAAUUCUGAAAUUAUGGUAAACGAAUUUAUGAGCUUGUUGCCAUUCAGGUCAAACAGUAAAAUUACAAAACAUUAAAAAAAAGUCAAUUAUAAAUA